ACCGGGGGAGAGUGUGUGUGUGUGUGCAUGGUGUGUGUGCAUGUUGCAGUACUUCACUCUGUUUCUUUUCAUGCAGCUUUGAGUGACACUUUGACAGCUGAGGAACAGCCUGGAGUUACAGCGCCUUUUUUGAGGGAAUUAUGAGAAACGUGGAGCUGUGAUUUUAAUUUCCAGCUGACAUCUGAUAAGUCUGGAGGAGAUGGAGAACAAGGCCAUGUAUCUGAGCACAUAUGAGGAGAGAGAGAGCGGCUCCAUGUAUGAAGAGGCCUACGAUGGACACAACUUAUCUAAACUCAACCUGUGUGAUGAAGGUUCUGCAAAGCGUCGCAGGAAGCAGGAUCAGUGCUGUGCUCACCUGAACUCCCUCUCAGCCAUAAAGUACGCCAUCGUGUCCCUCUACAUCCUGGUUCUUCUCACCAUCUUCGGACUCUGCCUGGCAGUCUCUCGUUCCCAGGUGUCUUCACAGCGGCAGGAGGUGCUGAUGGAGAACGUGACCCGGAUGUCAGAGCGCUCUCGGCUGCUCCAGCAGAACUUGGGCGAGGCGUCCACACAGGCUGACCUGCUGGAGAACAUCUGGAAACUGGAGAAUCUCUUCCAAAACCACAGCGACUGGCUGCAGAGGCUGGAGAUCCUCAUCAAGGGCCUGGAGGUGGAGCUGAGAACUAUGCAGGCUCACUCCCUCCAGUCAGAGGGCUACCUGGUGCAGCUGGAUGACAGGUUGUCCUACCUAAGCAGCUCCACUGGCAGGAAUCUGACUAGCUUGAGUGUGGAAGUGUCCCGAGCCUCUGCCUGGCUCCAGGACCAGGACCUCCUGUUCAGGGAAACCUCAGGACAGGUGAGCAGGCUGAGAGAGAAACUGGACGAGGUCAACUGGAUGGUAGGAGCUGUCAACCACACCUUCAGCAGUGACAUCAGUAUUCACCACCUGAAGAUACAAGACCUGCAGAUCCAGAUCAGCAACAUAACAGAGGACACCAGCAGUUUGUGGGUGACCCACGUCCACACGGAGGCCCAGCUGAGGAACGAGAUGGAGAUCCUGAACACAAUCACAGAGGACCUCCGCUUGAAGGACUGGGAGCACUCCCUGGCCCUGAAGAACCUCACCAUAUUUGAAGGUCCUCCAGGGCCAAAGGGAGAGAAGGGUGAUACUGGACCACUGGGGCCCCCCGGAGCUCCUGGGUUGACAGGCUUGAGAGGGUUUACAGGAGAAAAAGGGAACCAGGGCAGUCGAGGAGUUAAAGGGUCUGUCGGGCUCGACGGUUUACAGGGACAAAAAGGAGACAUUGGACCCCCUGGUCCUAGAGGUGACAGAGGAGAAAGAGGGUUCAAGGGAGAGAAGGGUGACCGAGGAGACCGUGGAGAGAAAACCGUGGAGGAGACGUUGGUGCGGCUGGUGAAUGGGUCAGGUCCUCAUGAAGGCCGUGUGGAGGUUUUCCAUGAACGUCGCUGGGGGACAGUGUGUGACGACGUCUGGGACAAAAAGGAUGGAGACGUAGUGUGUAGGAUGCUGGGUUACGCAGGAGCAGCUGAAGUCCAUAAGACAGGACGCUUUGGACAGGGUACUGGUCUGAUCUGGAUGGAUGACGUAGCGUGUACAGGGACUGAAGACACCAUCCACCAGUGUAAGUUUUCUGGAUGGGGCAAAACCAAUUGUGGCCACGUGGAGGAUGCUGGUGUGACCUGCGUCACCUAAACCUUUAUGAUCCUGUCACUGCUGCAAGCAUCUCUAACAGUGCCUUCAACUUUUGAAAAGCUACAAGGUGCCCAAUGUCCAACCAUCGCCAGGAAUGACACAUUUGCAGUGUAUUUUUUUUAACCUGCAAACAAAGUGACAAACCUCCAUGUUGUGCACGAACUAAAUCGACAGCUUUUUUGGAACGUUCAUGAUUAAACAUUUGAUCGUUUUUGCUACAAAACUGGAUCAUGGGAGAAAAGAAAAAGCACAGAUUUUCAACCUUUGAACCAUAUGAGCUGGGGAAGAUUGCACGACAGGACUCUUCAUCACUCUGAAUUACAGAGCUCACCGUUUUUCAAUGAGGGCUGAAGUUCAGCUUUCACAGGGUCCAUCUGCCCUUGGAGGCUCGUCUGGGGUCAGGAUUGUUGUUUUGACCUCCAGUGUGGAUUAGAAACUAAUCCAACAACUUCAUCAUCUCAGUGUCUUCAUUUGUCUUCAAGUGUCUGAGGCACUGAAACAGCACAUAAAGAAACAGACAUGACGGAGUCAAACUGAUCCUUCAUUUACAGGCAGCUGCUCCUCACAGUACUGGGCAGGAAUGGCUUUUGAGUGAUGCCUGACAUACACAGAGUUGCCUUAUUAUACAUCAUAUAGCAUUACCCAGGAAGCAGUCGUUUAAUGAUUUACAGGUCAGAAGCUGGCGAGUUAAAACUAGAUAAUGUGUAUCCUUGAAGUCUAACAAACACGUUGAGUACAUUUCCUUCAUCAUAAAACCUUUCCAAGGCAUUUUUUUAAUCAUAAUCAGAAUAUUUUGAAUCAUGCUUUGUUUACAUCUAUGUUUGCUGGCUAGCAGUCUUCCCCUCCUUUGCCUUUGCCGGCAAAUUGCUGCCUUUAUUUGUACAUUACUGUCGCUAACUUUUAAUUAGCGUAAUCGUGUGAAACUUUUUAUACACAGAGACUUAAUACCUAGCAUACAUCUGUACAUAGCUUAUUGUUUUGGUGUUUUGAUUUGGGUGUUUUCGGGGGGGGGGGUUCAGUCCUCAGACUAUGCUGCCAUCAGCUUUAUCUCUAGCCACAACAGGAAGCUGUUUUUGGUCAAAAAAAAAAAGUUCUCACAAACCCUCUUUAUGUCACCUGCCCAGUGACAAAAGACAGACACAAAAAGUUGUUGACAAGCUGGUGAACUUUUACCAGAUAAUAAGCCCAAUAUUUUUCUGAGAUGUUGGUGGAGACCAGCAAUACUCAACUUGCUUUGCUCAGGGGCCACUUUUACAAAAUGACAGGAGGCCAUGAGGCAAUUUAUAAUAAAACAUAUAUAUAUAUCUAUGUAUAAAUAUAUAUAAAAAACAAAUUUCCUGUUUUCAGCCUUAUGAUAUUUGCUGUCCUCACUCAUCUUUGCUUAGAAGUAUCAUAUCAUACAUAUCAGGUGUACGCAGGGGCGUUUCUAGGAUUUGAGGACAUUCAGGUUGUAGCCAGCUGGCACAUUUGGCACCCCAUUUACAUUCAAAGUACUAAAAUUCCCAGUGUGAGUCAAUUUAUUCAUAUUCUGAAUUGGAAAAUGGUUGGUGGGUCACCCAGCAUCUUAUCACAGGUGCCGGGCCCACAGAUCAUUAGUUGAGUAUCACUGGUGCAGACCAAAACAGAGCUAAAAGGAGAGUGAAUAUUGGACUUACAUCCAUCAGGUUGA